UAAAUGGAAGAAAGGUUUUAAACAGAUGCAAAAAUCCCACGGUUUUUGCUGUGAUUGCGUGGCAAGGUCUAGUUGAAUUGCCGUGAAUUUUCAAUUUUUGUUAGAAAUCACAGCAUUUUCGUCGCUAGUUAUGAAGAUUCUCCUGGUUCUUUUAUUUGUAGGCGUGGCUUAUGCCACCUCUCACGAUGAUUUAAAGAAGGCUUCCGAUGAAGUUUUUGAAAGUUUUUUCCAUGGCAUGUCACAUGCUCCAGCUCUUCAUGAAGUAUUGGGAGUUGAAAAUACUGAAGAGUUGAAAAGAUUUGAAAGAGGUCUCAAAGAAGAGUUAGCAGACUUCCUUAGAAAGGCAUUUGACGAUGCCUUGAAGAAACUCGACGAUGCUGUUAAACAGAACAAGGAUAUACAUAAGGAAGCUUUAAAGAAAUUGAAAGAUCUAAGAGAAAAAAUGAAAGAUCUUAAAAUCGAAGAUGAUGAUACCGGUAAAGAAAUUAUGGAGCACAUAAAAGAACAGGUCACAGGAAAACUAAAAGAACUUUUAGAAAAAAUGGGCCUCAUUGAGAAGCGAUCACUUCACUCUGAUCCUGAUAAUAUUUUCGAAGACUUCAAUAUCAGGGAUUUCAUUAUUCGAUUGAAGGAAAUGAUUUUGGAGAAAAUGGAUGCGAAAGCUCUGAAGAAAUCAUUAUCAAAGCUUGUUGGACAAGGAACCCAGAGACUUUGUGAAUGGCUUACUAAUAAAGGUAAGGAAAAGGUGAUUAAUUUCAUCGAUCGUGUGUUAGAAACAGAUGAUGACGACAAAAAGAAAAGAUCCGUCUCUGAUCUGUAUGAACAAGUCAAAGACUAUUUCAAGGAUUUGGAUUUAGACCUGAAGCAAAAAUUCUUCAAAUUCGGAGAAUGGGUGAAAGAAGUUCUCAAGAAAGGUUUGGACAAAUCAAAGAGCAGAAUUGAGAAAGUUAAAACCAUUGCUAAACAACUUCUUGAUAAAAGUAACGACAUUAGUAAAGAAGUUGCUGAGCAGGCUUUAGAUUAUUUGAGAGAUUUCAAGGAAGAACUAGGAGAAUUAUACGAAAAACUCUACGGAAAGCUUAUGGAACGGAUCAUGGAUUACACUGAUUAACAAUAUGUAUUGAUCGUAAAUAAAUUUUAAAUAUUAAUCGAUGGAA